UAGUCUCCUCCUCCUGUGGCUUCCCCCAUCUCUGCACAAGGAAUGCAUUCCCCACCCUAUAGCUGCUCCUCUGUGUGUAUAUGAGACUCUUCACUCCACUUUAUCAAGGGCACCAUGUUGCAGCCGGGCCCCAGGCUCCUGCCCGUUAUACUCCUCAUAGUCAUCCUCCAUUGCUCAGCCAAAGAAGACGGCCCCAUCCACGUGAGUGGCAACUUGAAUCAAUAUAUCUUCUUGUCCAAUUAUCUGAGCUUGGAAGCUCCCGCACAGCAAGUCACUUGGUAUUUUAACAACAAUGGGACGAAAUCCAGACUGGCGGAAUACAAGAAUCAGCAAUUUGAGAUCAUUAAUAAUCAAUUUACCGACCGACUGGAAGAGUCAAACGAUGGGACAACGUUAAAGAUCAGUGACCUGACCCAGGAGGACAGUGGAAUCUUCUCCGCCAUCAUUACUCUCGAGGAUGAAGAGACAGAAGAGAUUGCUUUCAAUCUCACUGUUAGUGUCCCUCAAGAAAAAGAAGGUACCGGUAUCCCGGUGAUUGGGGAUCUAAACCACUCUGUCUACCUGACAAACUAUCUGACACUUUCAGCUUCCAUUUUGGAAGUCACUUGGUUCAUGGUUACCAAUGGCAACAAAGUGAAACUGGCAGAAUUUAAGAAUAACAAUCUUGAUGUCUCCAACGCUCAGUAUGACGGACGCUUGGAAGCUUCUAAUGGGGGAGCAACUUUGAGGAUUAAGAAACUGAAGCUGGAGGAUAGUGGACUCUUCACUGCCACCAUGACGCUUACUAACGAGGAGAUAACUGACCUCUCAUUCAAUGUUACUGUGUCUGACACACAAGAGGCACCUAAGGAGGUCGCUGGCCUUCGAAACAGGUUAGUGGAAUUGUCACAGAAACGAAAGAUGUUGGUUCCAGUAGAGAGUGUGACUUGGUACUUCACAAGUAAUGGGCAAAAAUUCCAACUGGGCGUGUACAGGAAUGGAAAAUUCAUGAUCACUAACAAGGAGUUUAGCAAGCGUCUCAGCACAAGAGUGAACGGCACAAGGUUAAAGAUCGAUAACCUUCGGGUGAAGGACAGCGGCAUCUACACCGGCCACAUUGAGUUUGUGGAUAAAGAGUCAAAAGAGAUUGUAUUUAACCUCACUGUUUAUGAGCCUCUUCCAACUCCAAAUAUAACCAGCACAUUGAGGUCAACUGGCGAGGGGUGUAAUUUUACCCUCAGAUGUCACAUCCCAGGAGACCAGUCUGGGCUGAGCUAUUUCUGGAAAACCCGCCAUGUGUCGAGUUUCUACCAGCACUAUAAAAAUGGCAGCACCAUCAAUGUCGCACUGCGAUCUUCCCUAUUCGAAAAUAAGUUUCAGUGCAACGUCCAGAAUGCGGCUGAAAUCAAGGUGGCUUCGGUCUCUUCCAAGGACAUCUGCUCCAAAAGACCCUUCAAGUCCAAACUAAGUGUUUGGAGCAUAUUUGGGAGUAAAAAAGAUUACUACUGGACCAAAUACGUGAAAAUUUUAUUGCCCAUAUUCGGCAUAUCGGUACUCGUAUUGGCUCUCCUUAAAAGAAAGAAAAUCAAGGAACUGUUGUGCGGAGCAGCGGACUCUUCUCAUACUCAAGGAUACGCAGCUCCUGAAGGACAAAUGACUGAUGUUCAAAUGAUGAAUCCGAACAUCCCAAAUCAGGGUAUGCCUGGGUAUCCUCCUGGACCACCAGGAGCUCCUGGAUAUCCCCCACCUGCUGGCUAUGCUCUUGCUGGUUAUCCUUCUCCAGCUGGUUAUCCUCUUGGUGUAUAUCCUUAUCCCGGAGCUUAUCCUCCUGCUGGAGGUCCUGUUGUGGAAUAUCCUCCUGCUGGCACCCCUCCUGUGGGUUAUCCACCUCCUGGAGUCCCCACUGAGGGAUUUCCACCUGCCGGAGCCCCUGCUGUGGGAUUUCCACCUGCUGGUGCCCCCCCUGAGGGAUUUCCCCCAGCCGGAGCUCCUCCUAUGGGAUAUGCUCCUGCAGGAGCCCCUCCUGCUGGAUCCCCUCCCACAGGAUAUCCUCCUGCAGGAUAUCCUCCUCCUUAAGGAUAUCCCCCUCCCACAGGCUAUCCCCUUGCUUGAUACCCUCCAGCAUCAAACCCUCAGCCUGUUCCUGGUGCAGAAAACACCCCUGCUAUGGGCAAGGACUCAGAACCCAAGGCCUAAACGGUAAAAGUGUUGCGGACUUAUGGUGUUUUAUUAAUAGAAGCACCAUAUAUAUAUGCCAAUAUUUGUAAUUUGACAUCAACCUAUAAGGAAAGUGGCACCUAGAAGGGAUUCCAUGGCAUUACUGGUAUCAGUACCAAGAGAAGAUUGAUUAUCUAGGUGAGAGGGUCUAGGUUUUGUUUGGCCUUUAUUAGCCCUGAUACCAGAAAUGCCCUGUCCCCACCUCUGGAUAUUGCAACGGUCAAUUAAAUUAAACCAAUCUCUUCAAUACAAUACAAAGUGUGUUAUAUCAUCAUCAGCUCAUGUGAGCACUGGCCCAAGCUCAAGAUUUAUUACAAAUUUAAAUCAAGUUUAAGCAAAUACGACUGAGAUCUGAGUUUUCUGAGUUCAAAUUUUUGAAACUUACCGACAGG